GAGGGGAGUGCGCCCUGAUUGACGUCAUCUUGCUUCAUGCAGACAGAGAAUGAGCAGCUGAGUGUACAAAUAUACAGCAACAUCCUGAUAGCGCUGCAGCCUAUUUACCGAUGGAGGGGAUGUGAAGAUGAUGUCUCUGCGUGCGUCUUUUUCUCGGGUCUUUGUGAAAAAUGGAAGGAACAUUCGGCUACUCUGGACCCUACUUUGACCGCUUCAUUCAAAGUCAAGACUCAUCAGUGGUAAACAAGUUUCAGAAGAAGUACUGGAAAACCAAGCAGACGCUGAUCAAAGUCACUGGGAAGAAAGAAGAUGAACAUGUGGUGGCAUCAGACGCAGACCUGGAUGCCAAGCUGGAGGUCUUCCACUCCAUCCAAAGAACAUGCAUGGAGCUCCUAAAGGUCAUUGAGCUCUACCAGAGGAGGAUAUGUUUCCUUUCCCAGGAGGAGAAUGAGUUGGGUCGUUUCCUGCGCUCCAAUGGGUCGCAGGAUAAAAGCAGGGCUGGGAAGAUCAUGCAGGCGACAGGGAAAGCUCUCUGCUUCUCCUCCCAGCAGAGGCUGGCUCUGAGGAAGCCUUUGUGUCGUCUGUACCAGGAGAUUGAAACGUUCCGUUAUCGGGCCAUCUCAGACACGUGGCUGACGGUGAAUCGAAUGGAGCAGUCCAGGACCGAGUACCGUGGAGCCUUGCUUUGGAUGAAGGACAUAUCUCAAGAGCUCGAUCCGGACACACAUAAACAGAUGGAGAAAUUCCGCAAGGUCCAGGCUCAAGUUCGCACAACUAAAACCAGCUUUGACAAGUUAAAGAACGACGUUUGCCAGAAGGUCGACCUGCUGGGUGCCAGCCGCUGCAACCUCCUCUCACAUGUUCUGACAACAUACCAGACGACUCUUUUGCACUUCUGGGGAAAGACAUCCCACACUAUGGCAGCCAUACAUGAGAGCUUUAAAAGCUGUCAGCAUGAGGUUUCCACAGUGAAGGCCUCACAGGAUUCCACAGACAAGUUGGAUAAAAAGAUGGAAAAGAAAUCAACAGAGGAAGACAUGAAGGAGAAAAAAGGAGACGAGACACCUGAAGAUCAACUUAUCUCAUUAGGACAUGAAGACGGGUGCGAAAAGAUAAGAGAAGAGUUGGAUGGAGAGGAGGACAGCCUGGCCCUGCUCAAUGAGAUCCUGGGCGGUUUGUUUGUGGAUGACGGCGAUGUGUCCCAGGAGUGGACAAAAGGGUUUGGAGACACGGAGGCAAGCGCAGCCUCUGGCGGAUCAGCUGAAACCCAGCAGCAGCAGGACAACUCGUUCUUUUUGCCAUCACAGCUUUUGGACCAGAGCUUAAACUGGACCAGCACCGUCCCACAGCCAGUCACCUGUGCAGCAGAGUGCUCAUCUAGAGCUGAACAGAAUCCCUCAAAACCAGCUGCAAAAGAAACGGCUGGGACAUCCAAAGAUCUUUCAGCGUGGUUCAACCUGUUCGCUGAUUUGGACCCUCUCUCCAAUCCAGAUGCAAUCGGAGAAGCUAACAGGGAGCAUGAGCUUCACACGGCAUAGUUCUUCCUCAUCAUUGGGAUCCUUUUUAAACGCUGCAAACUGUUUCAUAUAUAAUAUUUCACACCAGAGGUUAUAAGGGGAAUUUUCUCAUUUCCACCAAAACGGAUAAAAUAAACACAGACAAUCAAGUCAGAACAAAAUAAAAUGUACAUAUAAUUGAAAUCAGAUUCUAAAAUUAAUACACACACCACAGUUAAAUUUUUUAAUGGUCGUUCUAAAAAGUUGAGAUAUUUUCUUUAUUUUAAAUAAUACACAAGUAUUUGAGUUUUACAGCAUUGCUUUACACUGGUUUGUUUUCCAAAAUAAUUUGACUUCUUCCUAAAAUAUAGGAAAUAUUCUGCACCAAAGCUACAUCUAUAGCUAUUUAGUGCUUUUCUUUAUAUUCUUCCAUUUAUGUCACAACUUUUAAUUUUACAAAUUUUUGAUUAUCAAAAUGGUACAACUCGUU